GUUCUCUUCAGAUUGUGACACAUAUUUGUCACUCUCUGAGGAGGAUCGUGAAACACAUUCUUUGAGAGAAGACCUCAUUGUUUGGGCCAACAAACACCAAAUCCGACAAUGUGCUUUAGAUGACCUCUUAAAAGUCCUGCAUUCACAAGGACAUGACACAUUGCCUGCUACAGCACGCACACUUUUGAAGACGAUGCGAGCAGUUGAUAUUCAGAAUAAAUCUGGAAUGCAGUAUAUUCAUCUCUCAUUUUCUGAAGAAAUUGAGAAAGUGUUGAAAAGAUAUCCUUGUGAGGUGACUUCAAGAAUACAUUCUCUGGAGAUUUCUUUAAAUGUUGAUGGACUUCCACUCUUCAAAAGUUCAUCAUUGUCAAUGUGGCCUGUGUUGUGCUCCAUUCAUCUCGAACCAGUGAUUGUAUUUCCUGUAACACUGACACUGGGAUCUCAAAGACCAUUAGAUCUUACAUUUCUUGAGGAUGCUGUUACAGAAAUAAAACAAUUACUAGAAAGUGGUCUUACAUUUGAUGGAAGGAUCAUUGAAGUCAAGCUAAGCUGUAUUGUAUGUGAUGCACCAGCCAAAGCAAUGGUGAAAAACACCAAGUCAUUUUCUGCAUAUUAUGGUUGUGACAGAUGUGAACAAAAAGGAUUCUGGGAAGGAAGAAUGACUUAUCAAGAAGUUGAUGGGUUUGAAGUAAGAACAGAUCAUUCAUUUAGAGCUCAAACCCAACCAGAACACCAUAAAGGAAGAACACCUUUGACAGAGUUACCAAUUGAUAUGGCUGGCCAGAUUCCCAUUGAUUACAUGCACCAGGCAUGUCUUGGUGUUAUGAAGAAAUUGUUGACAAUUUGGACAAGAGGAGAAAAGGGACGUAGUAGACAAACCAUGAUCUCCAUUGGUCAAGUAGAUGUGGUGAGUGCAAGGCUUAUUGAUCUUCAGCAAUGCAUUCCUUCUUGUUUUGCUAGAAAACCAAGAAGUCUGAGACACCUGGAAAGGUGGAAGGCUACAGAGCUUAGACAAUUCCUGGUUUAUACUGGAAAGCUGGUUUUAUCAGGAAGUCUAGGAUCGCCACUGGUUUUACAGCAGUUACCGUGUUUAAUGUGUGAAAGCAGCAUUUGUCUUAUCGAACUUAAAAGAGAUGUAUUUAAAUAUUGUUUAUAUGAGAGAAUCACAAUAAUGUAUCUUUUGUAGCACCAAGAAUGCAAGAAUGGAGUCAUGAACAUAAUUCAAAUGGGGAUCAACACCAACAUAGUAUGUUACUUAUCUUUGAUGCAAAAUUUGAUCAUGAUAGAGCACUAGUGGCUUUGAGUCUAUUUUGAAAACCUCAAAAUUUAUGAAGUGCUAUUGUGAAGUUUUGCAUACAAAUUUUACUUCUUUUUUUUUUUGCCUAGAAUCAGCCUGGACAGCCAGUGGCAAUGGAAGCUGGACAGAUACUCAAAGACAAAAUUAUGACUUCAAUUAAAAUGGGC